CCGUUAAAGCGUACUUUCAAAAGCUGGGAGAGGACGACUGUCCUUCUCUGAUAUGGCGCCACAUUGACGAUGAGGCUGGAGAAAAGGACUACAGUACAUCACAAACUUACAUUAUGUUUCUCCAGACCACUUUGAUGCCUAUUGAGGAGACUGUACUGAUUCUGGAGCAGGAUGCACUGACAGCACCUGAAUUGUUUGAGGCCAUGUUCAGGUUGCUAAACAGCCUUAAGCAACGCAAAGCUGACUCCUUUUUUGGAACGGAUACAGAUAAGGCGCUGCGCAAAAUGCCACCUUCAAAGGCAAGGAAAGUGAAGCAGGACUUCCUCAAGUUCUUUGAAAAAACCAUCGCAUAUCUGGAAGCAAAAUUUGAUUUCUCUGAGAAAAAUCACCUGUGUGCUUUGACACCAUUUUCUCUUUUAAAAAGUGUGACUUAUGACCACCUGCGGUGUGCUGCUGAGCAGCUGAAAAUGGAGAAAAUAAUAAACCUGGAUAAUCUAUACAGUGAAUACACCGAUGCCAAGAGCCUGCUGGAUGAGCAAGUGGCCUGUGUUGACCCAAAAAUCACAGUGGAUAAAAAGUGGGUGGCCAUAUUCUCUGAGAUGGGAACUCGGUCUCACAAGUGCGAAAACCUCUUACUUCUUGUAAGCAAGAUCCUGAGUAUCCCAUGCUCCAACGCUUUUGUGGAGAGGGUAUUCAGCCUCAUGUCAGCUCACUGGACGGAGACCAGGAAUCGGUGUAACGUAGACCUGGUGAAAGCAGAGCUGCAAGUCAAAGUGAAUUUUGAUAUGGAUUGUGAACAAUUUUAUCACUAUAUUAAGGAAAAGAAAGAUAUCCUCAAGGCUGCAGGGAAAUCAGAGAAGUAUAAAUUCAGUAAAAAAAAAAGAAAGACUGAAAACUGUGUCGCUCCUUCCAGACCACAGCCCUUUCUCCAGCGUGGGAGGCGGGAUGGCCCACACUUGCCGCAGGACGCAAGUCCCACCCUAGAAUCCAUGUUCUUUGUCCAGGGAGAAGUCGAGGUCCAGGAAGCUCCACUGUGUGGAGUCGGGAUGACCCACACCUACGGGCCCACUGUCUGGGCCCGCAGCAUGCAAGUCCCUCUCUACUAGCCAUGUCCUUUGUCCAGCGUGGGAGUCAGGAUGACCCACACCUGCCGGCCCGCCACCUGGACCCGCAGCACGCAAGUCCCAUCCUACCAGCUGUGUCCCAGUCCUGGGAGAAGCCGUGGUCCAAGAACCGCCACUGUGGGAAUCGGGAUGGCCCACACCUGUGGACCUGCUGCCUGGGCCUGCAGCAUGCAAGUCCCACCCUACCCGCUGUGUCCCAGUCCAGAGAGAAGCAGAGGUCCAGGCAGUGCCACAGAAUGGAAGUCCAUGCACAGAGGAACAAACACACCAUGGAGGCGUAGUGAUAUAAGUGAUUCUUUCUGCUUCCUGUUUUCAGUGACAGCAUACUAAUUAUUGCUUUUCUGUAUAUGCAGAUACUCAAAGAAAAUAAAUAGAACUUCAAAUAAUCAGGAGCAAGAGCAAGGUAUCAUUGGAAUGCCAGAAUCCCCAGCACAAUCAUUUGGAUAUGUUCUUGAAUCAUCUCAGCAGAGAUGUUGCUGUACAGAGGAUAAGCUCCAUUCAGGAAACUAGCAACCACAGACAACAGUAGAUCGCUUCCAUCACACAACAGAAGGUUCCAAUGGAGUCAUACAGCUGCCCAUCAAAUCCAUCUCCUUAGAAAUGUGUACAUAUUUAAUUGCCUCAUCAUUGCCAUGACCCGUUAUUGUAUGUGGGCAUUGAGAAAAACACCACACAUUCACAGAUUACGAUGUCUUCAAUCAGAGAGAUAAGGACACAGGUCUUGCGAUGGAGUUGUAGGGCAAGCACUUCGAUAUCAACAACUGGUAGUGAGGAAAAGAGUUCUCAGUGUGUUGGAGGACCUUGAGAGAAAACGUCUACCGAUGUGUCAGUCGGUGCAUGACAGUUGAUGUAGAGAAAUGACAAUGAAAAGAAUAACGGAAGCCGUGGAAGGAAUGGGACAUGCACCAUAAGGCCAACAAGAGAACACAGCAUUGCAGCAUUAGCGCAUCUGCCACUUUUCAGUAUUUGAUAACCUGCACUUAAUUGCUCUCAUUGGUUGUCACAAAUGCCACUUAGCGAGCUUUGGAAAGACUUUGGGACUGCAGAGGGUCACACCGGUUUAAUUAUAUUUCCAUGCACAAUCACCUUAAACAACAACAUUUAUGGCACUUUUACGUAAGAACAACACACACUACCAUUGUUUGCACUACCAUUGUUAGAACUUUUUGAGAUUGUGUAAAUAACUGAAAUCCAGACAUCAUACUGAACGGAUUGAUUUCCUUGAUGGUGGUGGGUUUGAUCACUACUUUACAGCGAUUGCGAGAUUCCAGCUUUGAAGGCUGGCUUGAAGAGGCAACAAAUAUUGCCAAUGCAAUGUCUGUGGAGGCAGUAGAACCAGAAAAAAGAAGUUCCAAGAAAAAGAGGUUGGCAGAUGAAUUUGCAAGUGAUGAGUCCUGUACAUUUUCAACAGAAAAACAAUUCAAGCAUGAGAUGAACGUAGUUUUUGACCGAAUACUAUCAGAAUUGCAUACAAGAAGUGAAAAGACUAAAUACAGAUUUUUUUUUCCCUUGCUGGUGAAAAAUGAAUGAGUAGGCACAGACUUAUUGGAGGCUGCAGAACAUCUGGUAAAAAAGUAUUCAGAGGACUAAAAUAUGGAUGAGUUUAGAUGUGAACUUGAAACAUUUAGAGAUCAAUAUCAUGUUUCUUCUAAAAACGCAGAACUAAAGAGCUGCCUAGAUCUAUUACUGUGGUUUACAGAAACGAUGUACAGGAUUAACUUCCUAAUGUGUGUAUAGCAUUAAGAAUGUAUGCCAGUCUACUAACAUCAGCAUCCCAUGAGAGAAGUUUUAGCAAAAUGAAGCUUAUAAAACCCUAUCUUAGGUCAGCAAUGUACCAGGAGCAUUUAUCAAGCUUGGCUAUAUUGUCUAUUGAAAGUGAUGUGGCAAAAUUAAUGUAUGAUGACACAUUGAGAAGCUUUGCAAGAAAAAAAGCAAUAAGCGCUCACUUUUAGUUGAAAGGCAGAGAUUAUUAGUUUAUAUUCAAUAUAUACAUUAUUACUAAUACUUAAUUUUAUUAAAGAAAUAAAUGCCCUUACAUGCUGUGCUAUUUUAUCUGUAUUUUCUCCUACGGACAUGAUGCCCUAGGCAAGACAAUUUACUUUUCUUAUAUCUCUGCUUUUCAACAGCUGUGGAUUCGUUUGGUUGUCAGAAACUUGCCUUGGCUAACCAAUAAAUGUUUUUUUCUAGAAUAAA